CCUUCUAUUGAUAAUCCCCAAACCGCCGCUUUUUUCUCUCUCUCCUCACCUCGAAAAUUUUCAAUUUCCCUCCAACCAAAAGAAAGGUCAGCCCCCUCUUUCUCCUCAGAUCUCCACUAGGCUUCUAGGGUUUCUCUAAUUCCUCCCCGUUCUAGUCGAAUUCAUAGCUAAGGAAGAAGAUGGCAGGUAAAGGAGGGAAGGGGCUUCUGGCUGCGAAAACGACGGCGGCCAACAAGGACAAGGACAAGAAGAAGCCCGUCUCUCGCUCUUCUCGUGCUGGCCUCCAGUUCCCCGUCGGUCGAAUCCACCGCCAGCUGAAGUCGAGGAUCGCCGCCCACGGCCGCGUUGGGGCAACGGCGGCGGUGUACUCUGCCGCGAUUCUCGAGUAUUUGACUGCUGAGGUGCUGGAGCUCGCCGGGAACGCCAGCAAGGACCUGAAGGUGAAGAGGAUAACCCCUCGUCAUCUCCAGCUGGCGAUUCGAGGGGAUGAGGAGCUCGACACGCUGAUCAAGGGGACGAUUGCCGGUGGAGGAGUCAUCCCCCACAUCCACAAGUCCCUCAUCAACAAAUCAUCCAAAGAGUAGUUUGCGUGAUCUUAGAAUUGCUAUGUGUAGCUUGUAAUCCCUUGCUUUGUUUACUUUUGCGUUUUAUUAAUUCUGUUGUGUGGGUCUGACUUAGAUUUGAACUGAUGGUGGGUUUUAAUGUAGAACCUGUUUAAAGAUUUAAGAAGCUUUGUUAAUGUCGGAAAUGGGUCUGGUCUGGGUUACCGUGUGCUUGUUUAUGUUCCGUUUGAUGAAAUGUUUGAGCGAGAAACUUUAUGAA